CUCACCAGGCUAAAGUCAAGAGGUGCGUGAGGAUGGCCGAGAGGACGUGAUCCGGGCCCACCCUGUCUGCUCUCCGCCAGCGCCAGCAUGCAGAAGCCCAGCGGCCUGAAGCCCCCGGGCCGAGGGGGCAAACACUCCAGCCCCAUGGGCAGGACGUCCACUGGCUCCGCCUCGGGCUCUGCCACAGCGGCGGCCACCGGCUCCAAGGAAGGUUCCCCCCUGCACAAGCAGGCCUCGGGCUCCCCGUCCUCCGCGGCCAGCGCCGCCCCCGCCGCCUCCGAGAAGCCGGGCCCGAAGGCGGCCGAGGUGGGCGAUGACUUCCUGGGCGACUUCGUGGUGGGCGAACGUGUGUGGGUGAACGGCGUGAAGCCGGGCGUGGUGCAGUACCUGGGCGAGACGCAGUUCGCGCCGGGCCAGUGGGCCGGGGUGGUGCUGGACGAGCCGGUGGGCAAGAACGACGGCGCGGUGGGCGGCGUGCGCUACUUCGAGUGCCCGGCGCUGCAGGGCAUCUUCACGCGGCCGUCCAAGCUCACCCGGCAGCCGGCGGCUGAGGGCUCGGGCAGCGACACCCACUCUGUGGAGUCCCUCACCGCCCAGAACCUGUCGCUGCACUCGGGCACGGCCACCCCCCCGCUGGCCAGCCGCGUGCUCCCGCUGCGGGACAGCGUGCUGGGCAGCGCCGUGAAGACCGGCAACGAGUCGGGCUCCAACCUGUCCGACAGCGGCUCUGUGAAGCGGGGUGACAAGGACCUGCGCCUGGGAGACCGCGUGCUGGUGGGUGGCACGAAGACCGGUGUGGUGCGGUACGUGGGCGAGACGGACUUUGCCAAGGGCGAGUGGUGCGGUGUGGAGCUGGACGAGCCCCUGGGGAAGAAUGAUGGGGCGGUGGCAGGCACCAGGUACUUCCAGUGCCCGCCCAAGUUCGGCCUCUUUGCGCCCAUCCACAAGGUGAUCCGCAUCGGCUUCCCGUCCACCAGCCCCGCCAAGGCCAAGAAGACCAAGCGCAUGGCCAUGGGCGUCUCGGCGCUCACCCACAGCCCCAGCAGCUCCUCCAUCAGCUCCGUCAGCUCCGUGGCCUCUUCGGUGGGCGGCCGGCCCAGCCGCAGCGGCCUGCUCACGGAGACCUCCUCGCGCUACGCCCGCAAGAUCUCGGGCACCACGGCCCUGCAGGAGGCGCUGAAGGAGAAGCAGCAGCACAUCGAGCAGCUGCUGGCGGAGCGGGACCUGGAGCGGGCCGAGGCGGCCAAGGCCACCAGCCACAUCUGCGAGGUGGAGAAGGAGAUCGCGGUGCUCAGGGCGCAGCACGAGCAGUAUGUUGCAGAGGCGGAGGAGAAGCUGCAGCGGGCACGGCUUCUGGUGGACAGCGUGCGCAAGGAGAAGGUGGACCUGUCCAACCAGCUGGAGGAGGAACGGAGGAAGGUGGAGGACCUGCAGUUCCGCGUGGAGGAGGAGUCCAUCACCAAGGGAGACCUGGAGACCCAGACGCAGCUGGAGCAUGCGCGCAUUGGGGAGCUGGAGCAGAGCCUGCUACUGGAGAAGGCGCAGGCGGAGCGGCUGCUCCGGGAAUUGGCGGACAACAGGCUGACCACGGUGGCCGAGAAGUCGCGGGUGCUGCAGCUGGAGGAGGAGCUGAGCCUGCGGCGCGGGGAGAUCGAGCAGCUGCAGCAGUGCCUGCUGCACGCGGGGCCCCCGCCCUCCGACGACCCCGAGGCCGCCGAGGCGCUGCGGCUGCGGGAGCGGCUGCUGUCGGCCUCCCAGGAGCAGCGGCGGGAGAGCGGGGCGCUGCGAGACAAGUACGAGGGGGCGCUGAAGGCCUACCAGGCCGAGGUGGACAAGCUGCGCACCGCCAACGACAAGUACGCACAGGAGGUGGCCGACCUGAAGGCCAAGGUGCAGCAGGCCACCAGCGAGAACAUGGGACUCAUGGACAACUGGAAGUCCAAGCUGGACUCGCUGGCCUCCGACCACCAGAAGUCCCUGGAGGACCUGAAGGCCACGCUGAACUCGGGCCCUGGCGCCCAGCAGAAGGAGAUCGGGGAGCUCAAGGCCGUCCUGGAGGGCAUCAAGAUGGAGCACCAGCUGGAGCUGGGCAACCUGCAGGCCAAGCACGACCUGGAGACGGCUGUGCACACCAAGGAGAAGGAGGGCCUGCGGCAGAAGCUGCAGGAGGCGCAGGAGGAGCUGGCCGGGCUGCGGCAGCACUGGCGCGCCCAGCUCGAGGCGCAGGCCGCCCAGCACCGGCUGGAGCUGCAGGAGGCCCGGGACGGGCGCCGCGACGCCGAGCUGCGUGCGCAGGAGCUGGAGGGGCUGGAUGUGGAGUACCGCGGCCAGGCGCAGGCCAUCGAGUUCCUCAAGGAGCAGAUCGCGCUGGCCGAGCGCAAGAUGCUGGACUACGAGCGGCUGCAGCGGGCAGAGGCCCAGAGCAAGCAGGAGGCCGAGCGGCUGCGGGAGAAGCUCCUGGUCGCCGAGAACAGACUGCAGGCCGCUGAGGCCCAGUGCUCGGCACCGCACAGCCACGUGAUCCACUCGGACGACCUCUCGGAGGAGAAGAUCAGGGUGAAGGAGACGGUGGAGGCCCUGCAGGAUAAGCUGAACAAGAGGGACAAAGAGGUGACAGCUUUGGCCUCCCAGACUGAGGUGCUCAGGGCCCAAGUAAGUGCCCUGGAGAGCAAGUGCAAGUCAGGGGAGAAGAAGGCGGAAGCCCUGCUGAAGGAAAAGCGGCGCCUGGAGGCCGAACUGGAGGCCGUGUCCCGCAAGACCCACGACGCCUCAGGACAGCUGCUGCUCAUCAGCCAGGAGCUGCUGCGCAAGGAGCGGACAAGCACUGACCCCAGGGACACUGUGGAGCCGCCGUUCACACCAGGGCCCCCCCAGGCCGCGUGGCACGCCCCCUCCAGGCAGGGGCCGGGACUGUCUCUUUGGAGACGUUGCUACAAUAAGGAGCUGACCCGCGGACAGUCCCCCUCCCGGAGCCCUGGCGACCAGAGGCUUCCUAGCACAGCCUUCCGCAGCGCCGCGGGUCUUGCCGGGCACACGUCCUGGCCCUGGUGGCUUCUGGGGUUGGGGCGGCUCAGGGGACCUGGCCGGGCCCCCCUCCCCGGAGCCAGCUGCGCUGUGGCCGCCCAGUCGCCCCUACUCCUCCCUCUCCUCCCUCUCGGGCGGAGCAGGGCCCAGGGUCCCCGGCUGAGCCUGCAUACAGCGGUACGAGCUCCCCUCCUGCGGCGGGGACAGCCAGGCUCUCAGAUGCGCGGACCCCGCGCCGGCGCCAUCGCAGGCCCGAGGGUGGCCGGCAGGGUCGGAGGCCGGACCGGCCGCAGCGGCAGCCACGCCGCGCUGUGAGUGCCGCCAGGGACGGGGGUGCAGCCCCGUCUGCGCCCUGCCCCUCCCGCGCCCGCCGCUAGCAACAGCUCCCGCUUGCCGUGCGGGUCCAUUAACAGCAGCUAGAAACGUCGCUUUAGAGGCCUAACCUACUCAGCGCUGCCCCUCCUGGGGCGGAGGACAGCUCGCAGCCCAGGACCGCGUCGCGGGCGCCCGCGGCCCAGGAAGCCGUUUCCCCAGCAGCAGCAGCAGCAGCGGUCUGCGUGGCCGGCCGCGCCCCUCCCUGCCCCUCCCCCCCAGUGGAAUUGUGGAAGUGUGGCCAGUCCGUGCUCGGGACAAUAAAGCUUGUGACUGAGGUGCAGGA